AUGCUUAAGCAAGUUGAAGAUAGCAUGGAUGCUCAAGACCUAAAGAUGAAUAUUUUACAAGAUAAUUCUAUAAAUAGCAAAGAAAUAGAAAAGUAUUUAAAUAAUCUUGAUAAAGAUAUUGUUUACAAAAUACCUGACAAUGAUCAAAUUAUUUUAGACUUUGUUGAAACAUUUAGAGAAAGAUCUGGUGAAAUAGAAAAUAAUUUUAAAGAAGUAGACGAUAGUGUUGAAGAAAAAAUUAUAAGUCUAAAUGCUGCUUUGAAAAGUAUAGAAAAUAUAUGCACUUUCUUGUUUUAG